GCUGCGUUUCCCGGAUCUUGACGCGUCCCGCCCCCCACCUUCGAAUCGUAGGACCCCGAGUGGUGUCUAUUGAGGCUCUUCUGGUCCAGACUCCAGGGCGUUUGCAGAUGGAGCCGCCAUUUCUUUUUUUUCUUUUUCUUUUUGCGGUACGCGGGCCUCUCCCUGUUGUGGCCUCUCCUGUUGCGGAGCACAGGCUUCGGACGCGCAGGCUCAGCGGCCAUGGUUCACGGGCCUAGCCGCUCCGCGGCCUGUGGGAUCUUCCCGGACCGGGGCACGAACCUGUGUCCCUUGCGUCGGCAGGCGGACUCUUAACCACUGCGUCACCAGGGAAGCCCAAGCCGCCAUUUCUAAUAGCCAGUGUGGUGAGACGUUUAAGAGUGGUACCCCGCCAAGCCACUAGCAGAAGCAAAGAUUUGGGGUUGUCACUGAGUCGGGAACUUUCGGGAAACUGGGGUGUUCACAUCUUAAGGAAGCAGAGAGUGUGAGUAGUAAUGCCUGGAACGUCAGGGUGAGGCGAGUGCUUUCAUUAGGAGGACGUUGGGAGCCGUGGAAGAACAUGACGUGAUCAGGGAUUUUUAAAAAUAUUCCCAAAGCUCAGGGGAAAACAAACUAGGGUGGGGUGGAGAUGAUGAGGAUGGAGGCAGGGAGACCGGUGAGGAGGUCACAAACUCCAGGAACGUUGUGGUGGUGACUGUACCAGAACAGUGGCAGGGGAGGGAUUGGGACUGGAUAAAUCAUUAAAUUCUGGAGAGAUUUUAAAGAUAGAACCAACAGAAUUUUCUGGUGUGUUAGAUACGGCUGUGAGUGAAAAAGGGAUGUGAAGGACCACCCAAGUUUUGUUUUGUUUUUCCCUGAACAUCUGAAAGAAUGGAAAUGGGUAAGUUGGACGAGGGAAGCACCUUUCAGGGGGAACAGGAGUUGGACUUAGGACAUGGUAAAUCCAUAGUGUUUCACAGUAUUGGCGUUACAUAGGCAUUUGGAUAUGCUGGUCUGGAGUUCUGCACAACAAGCUGGGCUGGAGACCUCUGAGGAGUGAGGUCUUAUCAAAGCCUGGAGAUGAGGUUUAGGGGGAGAAUGUUAAGGUUGUUAUUUUAUGUGGUCCCUGAGGUGAAUGAGUACUGGGAAAAGGGAUGGACGUCCCUGAGAUUUCCUCCAGAAAGGAGAGGUCCUGGAAUAUGAAAGGGUUAUGGGUGGUGUCAGCAGGAGAGAGGGCUGUAGGGUAUUAGGAACCUGACCUGAGAUGGAGAGCAAGGUGUAAAGUGCUAUAAAUUUGUCACUCUGUGGACUCAGCAUGCCCCUCUGUGGAGCCGAGGAAAAGUCAGCCAGGCUAGUGGAGCAGCUCCACCCCAAUCCAGGGCACUGUUACAUCAGUUCCCUGACUCAUCAGGUGAGGAGAGAUGAUGAACACCUCUAAUGAAGGGCCACCAGCAUGCUCACCUUCAGAGGAAUAUAUACCAGGUAGGCUGGUUUGGUGAAAGGAUCUAGUGUAUACCUGGCAAGUAUACGUUAGCAGGCAGUUAAAAAUUAAAAAUGUUUAGGUAUGAUAAAUUUAUACCACUGCUUAAAUGAUUGAAAAACUUGUCUCUAAGUAUGUGAUUACAAUGAAAAGUCUUAAAUAUCAAGUUUUAUUAAAGACUUAAAAACAAACCCAAAACUUACAAGCACCUAUUAUGUACUUCAUUCAAGCCAAAAACAUUUGCAAAACUGUUAAGAAUGUGGACGGUAAAAGUGAAUUCAAAGGUACUUGACGCCUAACACAUCUGAUACAGACAGACCUGUUAGGUGGAUACCACCAUUAUCCCUGCUUUGUACGUGAGAACACAGAGAAAUCUUGGAUCAUGGUUACAUAGCUGGUAGGAGGCAACACUAAGGUCUGAGUAUCUUAAGUUAGACAAUCUGAAAUCAUCCUCACCAAAGGGCAAGGUAGGGAUGAGAGGAACAGUUGUCUUUGAGAUCCCACUGUGGUAACCUGCCACUCCCAGCUCCCUCUUCCUGCCAGAUUGCUGUGGUGGCAGAAGUGAUUAAGAUCCCUGGAUAAGUGAGUGCAAAGUGUACAGGUGCUCAGUCAACCAUGAUCUUGGCAACCCAUUAUGGCAGAUAAUGGUGUCUUGGGAAUCUUAACCUACCCUUCUGCCUGCCAUUGGGUUUGGGGAUCCUGGUGUCACCAGAGGCCUUGUGCCCUGCAAGCUAUUCUGGAAUUAUAUGGAAGGGUUUCCAUUUUCAGCAAGUAAUGGGAAGAAGUAUGGAACAGUGCCCAUGGGAACCAGCAUAUGCAAAUACAUCACUUGAGACUGAACUGGUCUUGUUUGGGGAACUUUAAUUCUCCAUUAUGUCUAGUGAUCAGAGAGCAGGGGACAGGUUUCAGCUCUGAAAUGGCAGCCUGUGGAGCUGGGCUUCUGUUCUGAAAGUAGUGGGACCCAUGGAAAGUUUGGACCAGAGAAGGGAGUGAUCUUAUUCUGGUCAGGGUUUCUCUGGCUGCACAGUGAAGAAAAGACUAUGGGGGUAGUAAAGAGGACUGCUGAUGAUGGCUGGGCCAGAGUGGUGACUACAGGGGUAAGAGACAAGUGCUUGGAUUCUGGUGGGGUUUGUUUGUUUGUUUUUAUUUUUAAAGUAGGACCAACCAGAUUUUCUGAUGUGGAGUGUGAGAGAAAGAUGGGAAAGUGUCAGAGAUGACCCCACAGUUUUUUGCCUGAGAAGACAUAAGGAAGAAGAAGUUCUCAAUUGAAAUAGUGAAGUUGGUGGUGAGAGUAACUUUCAGAGGUAAUAUCCAGGGUUAGGUUUUUAUUUUUAUUUUUUUUUUAUUUUUUGUGGUAUGCGGGCCUCGCACUGUUGUGUCCUCCCCCGUUGAGGAGCACAGCCUCCAGACGUGCAGGCUCAGCGGCCAUGGCUCAUGGGCCCAGCCGCUCUGUGGCAUGUGGGAUCCUCCUGGACUGGUGCACGAACCCAUGUCCCCUGCGUCGGCAGGCAGACUCUCAACCACUGCGCCACCAGGGAAGCCCCAGAGUUAGGUUUUGAUCAUGUUGAAUCUGCAGUGGUCCAAAGACAUCUGAGUUGACGUAUCAAGUGGACAGGUGGACACAUGGGUAUGGAGUUCAGAGGAGCGAUUCAAGUUGGAGACAUCCACAAGGUGACAGCCAGUAUGUGAUUAGGGUAGAGCUGUGUAUCAGAUUUAGAGAGAGAACUUUUAUGUCAUGGUGGCCGUGCCUUUGGGUGUCUGGAAAGGAAGUGGGCACAGUGGAGUGGAAGUAAGAGUUACCUUAGAGGCAAGAAAAGGGAGGUUAGUGUCCAUGGUGAGCAGGGAAAAUAGGAUCUGGCAGUUGAUGAAAGGGAGAAAGUAGAUAUGAGAUAAUUCUGAAGUAAAGCAGUAAUAGAGAUGACAUGAAAGACCAAAGCUGGUCCUUCUUCCCCUCUCCGUGUGCUUUUCAGGUUUUUGUGGUGACCUUUGGUGGGGACUGGGGAGUUUUAGUUGAGCUGGUAGGUUAGUUCAGAGCUAAAUUGGGUCAGCUGCAGAGUCACUAUGCUUGGGGUAGAAGGCCAGUGGGUAUGGGCUUUGAAUGAGAGUUUAGUGGUAAGUGUUAAGCCUGUGACGGAUGAGGGUAUAGUAUCCCCAGCAUGCAGUAACAAGGUGGAAAAGGUCUGGCUUUAUCUCAUAAUCUGCAUGUGCUUCUGAAUUGCUGAAGUUUAAUCAAGGAAGGAAGAAAUUAAAAGCUGAGUUUGAAAAUACCUAUGGCAGUGGAGGCUGUUGACUGGUGAUGGAUGUAACCCUGGAUGCAUUAACCAAGCAUUCUCUGGAUGCCAUGUGCAGGUUUACAUCUGGGAGGUACCUACUUUGGGAACCUACUUAGAUAACGAGGGAGGUGUGGUCUAAAGAGUGAUGUGUCCAUGGAGAUGGAAUCUGAAUUCAUGACCUGGGGGCUCAGGUACUGAGGGAUUUAAGGGGAACGUGGAGGUCAAAUUUGUGUAUGAGAGGCAUAAUCUCUGGAUCCCAUGGGAGCUAGCUGGCUGAAGAAGGGUUGGUUCCUGCCUGCCAGGCCCAGACUAUACAGUGUGUCUAUCUGUCCACUUGCUUUUUGUUCUAGGCUGGGUGAAAUGAUUAAUGGAAAAUGAGGAAAGAGGUGGCAUCAAUUACACCAGGGCCUGCUGUAUUGUUUUGCUUUGAGGACCUGGGGAGGAAUGUGAAAUUGUGGUGGAUACACUGGGAAUCCUGGGGAGAGAGGCUGCCCUUGUGCUAUUGUGCUGUUCAUGUAGUAUCAUGUGACUUUUGAGGGUGUGUUUGUGCAUUUUUCCUGGGAGAAAUGGGGACCUCUUGAUAAAGCUCAGAGACUCUCAUAUCACAAUGCAGUGCCUUCUAUGCUUUGCUCUUAUGGUUUUCCUGGGUAAGGCCCUGCAUAUCCCAGUUUUCUGGGUUAUGUUCUGCUCUUCCUGUUUUUCCCCUAGAAGUUGCGAUUUCCUUCCUAUAUAUCUGGACCGUGAGCACUCCCUCACAUACAUCCUCUGGGUGCCAGGUCUUGGCUGGGUAUGCUCCCUAUGCUUCCCGACUUCUGUUGCCCCAAAAUUGCCAGGAAGGAUUUGAAGGUCAAGAGUCUUAUGGUCAGUCCAGUGGAUACUAUCCUGCCUGGCUUCUUCCUGGGUGGAUGGCUCUGUCUACACUCAUGAUGCCUUUUUGCUCCAGAUUAUGUCCCCUUUCUUUGAUUGACAUUCCCUUGGGCCUAUCUCUGUCAUGAAUUACAGUUAUGGUCACUGAUUGUGGGGCCCAUAGAUUGUUCCUUUAAGGUUUUCAUUUUGUAUUUAAUCUGUCCUGGGCGGGCUACCCUGGGCCAUUGCUUUCCUCUUCGCUUGCCCUGUCUUUCCUGUGUGACUUGUAUCUUCUAGAUCCUCUGUGGUUGCUGAACUGUAGCAGGGGAAAGAUUAGUGCCUGAUUGAGAGGUCCUGACUAGCCACAGCAAAAGAGACAUGGACAGGCCCUGGUUGUUGGCAUGGAGUGGAGAAUGAAGAGGAACCUUCUGAGCAGAGUGUUUCUGUAGCAGUGUCACACGUUCAUACUUUCAAGGCAGAUUCAUCGACCCAGAUGGCUCACCCCUGUGACUUAUGUGGCCCAAUCUUGAAAGAUAUUUUGCACCUGGAUGAACACCAAGAAACACACCAUGGACUGAAACCUUACACAUGUGGGGCAUGUGGGAGACAAUUCUGGUUCAGUGUAAACUUUGACCAGCACCAGAAGCUGUACAAUGUAGAGAAACUCUUAAGAGGAGACAAAGGCAAGACCUCAUUUGUGAAGAACUGUAGGGCCUGUGAAGAACCUCACCUGUCAGAGAAGCCCUUUGCAUGUGAGGAGGAGCAGAAGAACUUCCAGACCAGUUUGGGCAGUCACCAGCAAAAGGCCACCCACAGUAAGAGGAAAACAAGGAGCACUGAGAGUGGGGAGGCCUAUCAUAUUAGACAAAUGCAUUACAAGUGCAGUGAAUGUGGGAAAGCUUUCAGUCGCAAAGAUACACUUGUCCAGCACCAGAGAAUCCAUACUGGAGAAAAGCCUUAUGAGUGCAAUGAAUGUGGGAAAGCGUUCAGCCGCAAAGCCACACUUGUCCAGCACCAGAGAAUCCACACAGGAGAAAGGCCUUAUGAGUGCAGUGAAUGUGGAAAAGCCUUUAGCCGCAAGGACAACCUUACUCAGCACAAAAGAAUUCACACUGGAGAAAUGCCUUAUAAGUGUGGCGAAUGUGGCAAAUACUUCAGCCAUCACUCCAACCUAAUUGUACACCAGAGAGUUCACAAUGGAGCAAGGCCUUAUAAGUGCCACGAUUGUGGGAAAGUCUUCAGACACAAAUCCACACUUGUUCAGCAUGAGAGUAUCCACACUGGAGAAAAUCCUUAUGUUUGCAGUGAAUGUGGGAAAUCCUUUGGCCACAAAUAUACCCUUAUUAAACACCAGAGAAUUCAUACUGAGGCAAGGCCUUUUGAGUGCACUGAAUGUGGGAAAUUCUUUAGUCGAAGCUCUGACUUUAUUGCACACCAGAGAGUUCACACAGGUGAAAGGCCUUUUGUGUGCAGCAAAUGUGGGAAAGAUUUCAUCAGAACCUCCCACCUUGUUCGGCACCAAAAAGUUCACACUGGAGAAAGGCCAUAUGAAUGCAAUGAAUGUGGGAAAUCGUAUAGCUUAAGCUCCCAUCUCAUUAGGCACCAGAAAGUUCACACUGCCGGAAGGCUGUAGGAGUGCUUCCAACACAACAGAACUCAUGGCGAGGAGCUCUGUGUCUGCCUUUAGAGAGGGAGACAUCAAUCAUGUGUCAAACCACAUAUAUCUGGACAUUAAUACUGUGGUGUAUUUUAUGAAUGCCAGGUGCAGGGGAAGCUUUCAGAAGCUAUGUUGCACUUUCAGACCUGCUCAGGUUCCUUGCCAAAUUUGUUAGUGCCUGUGGCUGAAACCAUCUCAACUCAACCAGCUUACCCUAAUAUUUUUAGGGGAGGCAGAACUUCAUGCUCUCUUCAAUCCCUGGAGGAAAUUAUAAGAAAUCUGAAUUAAAUGGUGGUCCUCAUUUGUUUCCCUCUGACCGGAAAAGGUAUGGACAUGAUCCACCUUUAGCCAAGAUGAUCUAAGCUGUGCUCUGGUAGCAGAAAAGGUUUACUUUAUUCAUGGACAUUGUUGGUCUCAUGUGAUACUUGUGAUGAAUUUUUCCAGCCUCCAAGUCACCCAGGCUGGAUAACUACUUGACUCAUGUUGCGCUGGUUUGUGUGGUAAUAAAUACCUUAUUAUUUAAGCCACCUUUAAUCUCUGAGGUUCUUUUUAGUGUCUGGAGUGGUUUAGAAACCGUUAGACUCUGCCAAACUGAAGAGGUAAACUGUUUGUGGUGGGCUCCCUACUGUGUGCCUCAAAUAGAACAGGUUGACAGAGAACAGUUCUCAGUCCAAUCUUGGUGUUAAUUUCCAUUGCUGACAAAAGCUUGGGUGAGAAUUCAGGGCUUUGUGGGCCUGAUUUUGUCUAGAUUUCAGUUAUUCGAGGGUCCAGACAUCACCUUGAGAAGGGUGGUAUUGUUAACAACCUACAACAUGUUUGGGAGCAGCAUGGCUUCAGUGUCUUGUUUUCACCAUAUAUGCCACAUUCCCUGGCACUGUUGAGGGGCAGCUGUUCCUUAGGACCUGCCAAGUGCCAUAUGCCCUGAAUCUGGUACAGGAGUCAAUGGCUGUAAGACUUACUGUGUCCAGGAAGGAAACAAAAUCGAUGCAGAAACACUGGGUGUGAAUAAUUGAGAUUGGAGAGACUGCUGCAAACGAGAAUGGGUGUGUCCAUGCUAAAAACACAUCCAUAAACAUUCAAGUCACUAUUGCUGGAUGAGAUCAUGUAUGGAGAUUGUCAUGCUCUCUGGGGCUGUCUCAUUCUUAUGACCAGGGUCAGUGGCAGAGCAAAGAAUGUAGUUUUCCUCAAUUUCUGUGCCUCCUUGGGCUCUUCAGCUGAUGCUGCAUGGGCAGGAACCCUGGGAAUGAGAAUAGAACUGUAGUCAACAUGCAGUAUACUGCACACACUGUACAGUUUGGUAAGCCUUAAUAUAUGUAUACACAUUUGAAAUCGUCUAGUCAUGAUAUUGGAUAUAUCCAUCACCCUUUCUCAGUGCCUUUCCUAAUACUUUACCUACCACCCCUAAGCAACCAUUGAUUGACUUUCAGUAUAGAUAAAUUUGCCUUUUCUAGAAUUUUAAGUGGAACCUUAAAAGUUUACUUCUGUCUGCUGUCUUGCAACAUGAUUAUUUUGAGAAUCAUCUAUAGCUCAUUCUCUUUAUUGCUGAGUAAUGUUCUAUAUGGAUAUACCACACCAUAUCAAUAUAUCUUAAAUGAUAUUUGGAGUCCCCCCCCCCCACAGAUUCUAAAUAUAAAAAUAAAGCUGCUGCAAAUAUUCAUGUGCAAGUCUUUUUAUGGACAUUUAGCUGAGGACAUUUCUAAAAAGUGUUGAAAGUUGUGGCCUCAUUUCUUCUUACUGAUUAUAGUAAAAUGUGAUAGGGAAAAGUAAAUAUAGGGAAG